AUGAAGCUCAAAUCUCUGUUUUACACCACUCUCCCGUUCUUGCAAGCCGCCGUAGCAUGGCAAGUCCCAGAGAAAUAUGCCAUCACUCCGUCCUCCAAUGGCCGCGAGGCUGACAUAUACCUCUCGGACCGAGCGAGCAAGGGGUUCACGAUGGUUCUAGCCGUUGGAUUUACCCAGGCAGGCAUCGACAGUCCUAACCGAAAUGGCGACCUGCCUUUUAUCAACGAAGACGUCACAAAUCCCAACGAAGCCUACUGGGCUUAUGUCGACUCCAUUGUCGAGCUAGCAUGGAGUAAAGGCAUCCGAAUCUGCAUGGUCCCCUCAUGGGGUAAAUAUGUGCACGGCAGCGACAACUCAGCCAGCGUACUUGACACGAACACAGCAUUCACAUUUGGCAGAUUCAUCGGCCAGCGAUAUCCAUAUCUUCCAAAGACCCUCGUUGGCGACACAAACCCUUACUGGCUAAACAAAACAGCCGUAAAAGCUGACUAUACCAACGGUGGUGCUCCUCCAACUUACCAGGUCAUUGACUGGUCACCGGUCUACGAUGACUUGGCCAAUGGCAUUGUGGCCGGCGAGCGACAGGCUAUCACAGACUCCUCUGCUCAGAAUGGGCCGACGUGGUGGCCACUAAUGUCGAUCCACCCGACAAACCAAUGGUUCACAGCCGGGCCGCUCGCGCUCGCACACGCUUUCUUCGGGGACCGGCCAUGGCUUACCCUAGAUGCCAGUCAGUCUGGUCACGCAGACUACCCGCCAAACCCUCCCAUCCCUUGGUGGAAUUGUCGGCGUGGCUGGGAGCCCGUCGAGCUUAUGUACGCCGCGGGCUCGGUGCCUGGGGGUCGUGUGCGGCCGGUCAUUGAUAAUGAGGCGCAUUAUGAGAACAGAUAUAAUAAUGGUAAUAGCAGUAAGCCUGUUUGGAAUGCAAGCGAUGUGCGGAUCGGAAGCUGGCAAGCGGUCUUCUCGGGCGCAGCGGGAUUAACUUACGGGGCGAAUGCCAUGCAGCAGUGUGCUAUCCCUGGACUUUUCGCCUCCGACGGUAGUGGGACAAGCGACAACUGGCUCAUGGAUCUCGAUCUACCUGGAUCUAGCCAGAUGCAGUGGAUCAAGAAGGCUAUAACGGAUAGAGGGAAUACGACAUUCUUCAGGCGUGUGCCAGCACAAGAUAUUAUCGUGGGGAAUGCUGGUUCUGACGAUGCACGGAUCACAGCCACAAGGGAUAGUGGCGGUAACUGGAUCAUGGUUUAUACCCCCACGGGGAAGCCGUUCCAGAUUGAGACAAUGAGUCUGGGCUCUUGCAAUGUGCAGGCAAGCUGGUAUGAUCCCUUGAGUGGCGCGUAUAGCAAACUUGAUUAUACUCAGUGUGGCGAAAACACAACUAUUCGGACGUUUACCCCGCCUAGAACAAGUGGACAUGCAGAUUGGGUCCUGGUCUUGGAUGUAAUGCAUUAG